CCGGCUCGGUUCGGCCCAAAAUCAGUUAGAUGAAACGAGGAGUUCGUAACCUCGUACAUACUCAGCUGCUCACCAAGAGCAACCGGCUUCGCUUCGCAGGCGCCCGUGGCCCUCAUCUUCUUCCCGGUGCUGGUCUGGUCUCCUCCCUCGCAACGCUGCGCAAGUGUUUGGACCAAGUACCACCUAAGAGGGAGAGGAAUCCCGGAGACCCAGACAAGGGGGAGAGAAGAACCUCACGCAGCUUGGCCAUGGCGAAGCAAGGAGCGAAGAAGAUGAAGGACGUGAACAAGAAGCACAUGGACUUCCUCUUGCGUCUCAUCCUCACAUCCAACGUUAUUUAUAUAGUAGUGAGGAUGGCUAUAAUGCAUUCAUCCUUCACCUGGAAGCAUUGGAUUGGCCUUAUGGUAACAUCCGCUGCAUAUUUUCUUCCAUACAAGCAACUCGCUAGUAUGGCACAACCAGUUUACUCUGAUAAAGGAGAUCUACUGGAUGGUGGCUUCGACUUGAACACUGGUGGUAUUUGCGAGUAUUUACAUGAUGUGAUCUACAUCACUCUCUUUGUUCAGCUGACGACCAUCAUUUCUGAAAAAUUUUGGUGGACAUAUUUAGUGAUUCCAUCUUUUGCUGGAUACAAGAUUUUCAGUCUGUUAAGAGGAACAUUUUUCAGUGGUGGUUCAGAGGGUGAAGUUGAGGAUGAGAAGACUCGAAAGAAAAGGGAGAAGAUGGAGAAGAAGGCAUCUAGGGGGAAGAUGAUUAAAACUAGGACUCGUUGAUAAUGUUCUGUUGCUUGAAGCCUUGGUUGGUUUAUCAUAGCUGUCCGACUGAAAUCCAAGCUGUUCGGCGAGUAUUAUAUCAUGAUGAUAAUGUUCAUCCAUCAGUUGCUCCAAACAGCUAGCAUUAUGCGGCACAAAUGUCAGCUAAUCCCCAAUCAAUAAGAAUUCUCUGUAUAAUUUCUGACUCUUUCUGACCCCUGUUUCACAUACCAACGUUGUGGCAUGGCAAUUGAGAAAUCUUAAACACAA